AUGCGCCGUCGCCCCUCCGUUCGCGCCCCAACCACACAGCUGAAAGCAUGGACGCAUGGGGCCCUGCGUCCCGUGCAAACACUACCACCGCCGCCAGCAACAACACCAACACCACUGCCGCUCCCCCAGCUGCCGGUUCCGAAUCCCCUCCUCUCCUGCGUGAAGUCCUGGUGGGGCCUCUGUCACCCCGCCCGCGCAGCACCAGCACGCUGACCAACCCCAGCUGCAGCACCGCCACCACCAACACAGCUGCGCCGCCAGUGCUACUACUGCCCGACCAACGCAGCUGGACGUGCAGCCAUGAACGGCGACAUGUGGCACAGCAGCAUCAGCAGCUGGGUGAGGAUCAGGAAGGGGAGGCACUGGCUGGAGGCAGAAGCCCAGACGUGGUCGUGUAUGGGGGCGGUGCGGGUGAGGAAAGACUGGCACUGCUGGGAUCGGCACCCCGCAGUGCCGCGAAGCAGCCGCGGUCAGACGCUGCUGCUGCGGAGGGGUGCGGUGUAGGCAGCGGCAGGAGCAGGACAAGCAAGCAGGCGGCGGCGAGGCACAUGCCCCCCUGGCCUGCGGGAGGCAGGGGUGCCAGCGGAGGUACUGGAGGUGCUGGUGGGGGUCAUGUUGGUGGAGGGCUGGGAGGCGCCUGGUCGCCGUUUGUUGAGCUGGCGGCCGGUGGUGGAGCUGGCGGGUGGGGGGAGGCGGGCCAGGUGGGGGGCGAUGCUGCAGGGCCCGGUCGCCGAGGAGCCGCGGGCCGCAUGCAGGCUGAGAGGCAGGGCUCCACCAUCCUGGAUGCCGCCACGGCCGCGGGCGACCUGCACACCGCCGUACCGCCGCCACCCGCCGGUGGGAAGGAGGGGGAGGCGGGUGCUGGCGGUGUUGCUGGCGGCGGCGGCAGAGGCCGAGAUCGUAUCUCCGAUGACGACGCGGAGGCCCAGCUGCGCGCGGCUCUGCGCGAGGAGCAGCUGCGGGCGGCCCGGGAGCGCCGCGCGGGGUCCCAGCUGCUGCUGCUGACCCGUGGGUCGCUCUGGCGGCUGCUGAUGCUGGGGCUCACUGGGGCGGGGCUGGCAGCGGCGGGGGUGCUGGCAGGGCGCCCCUGGGGUCAGGUGGUGCGGGCCGGCCUGCCCACUUGGCGCUGGUUCCUGCUGGCAGGCUGCGCACCCGGCGUGUGGUACCUUCCCUGGUACGGCAUCUUCCUGCUGGUGCUGCUGCUGGAGGGGCUGCUGCCCUCCGCGCUGACCGCAGCGGGGGGCGGCGGGGGGGGCGGCUGGAGGGCGGCGGCAGGGCUGGGAGCAGGGAGCGGAAGGGGCGAAGGCGGUGGCGGCGGAGGAGGAGAGGACGGAGGCGGCGAGGGCGGUGAGGGUGGCGGAGGUCUGGCUCUGGUGAUAUACCACAUCCUGGGCGUGCGACGACAUGCGGUGCGGCUGCUUCGCUCCGUGUGCGGCCAGCUGCUGGUUCACUGGGUGGUCGCCGAUCAGCUGACGGACCCACGGGUCGGGCAGAGAGAGGUCUUCGUCAUGAAAGUGUGGACCUGCGUCUCCCUCUUCCUGGCCGCCCAGACCGCCAAGUCGCUGCUAGCGAAGGCGCUCUCGCGCCACUUCCACUCGCGCGGCUACCUGCAGCGCAUGCAGCGAGCGGUCAAACAGGAGCUGGUGCUGCUGGCGCUGUCGCGCCCCUGCCCCGGCCGCACCCGCAGCGCCGCACUGACCCACCUGGGCCUGGGGUUCCACCUGGCGGCGGUGCUGGGGUACGGAGGAGGAGGUGGGGGAGGUGGGGGAGGUGGAGGCAGCAGUGGUGGAGGUGGUAGGAAGGGAGGAGGAGGAGGGGCAGCAGCCGGCACCUCGGAGCGGCCCUUUCGCAGUUCUACAAACCUACAGCAAGCAGAGCCGCCGCCGCAGCAGCCCUGGCAGCAGCAGCAGCAACGGCAGCAGUCGGGGUCUUUGCGCCACCAGGGUAGCGGGGCGGUGGAUAGGUCCGUUCGUGGUGGUGGUGGUGGUGGUGGUGGCGGAGGGGGCGGAGGCAGCAGGGCGGGAGGGAGGCUGGAGGCGGGCGGUGGGAGGCGGCUGGCGGGGGUGUGGCGGUGGCUGGGGGAGCAUCUGCGGGUGUCGUACGCCAAGACACGGGUCCAAUGGGACCUCAGUCGGCCCUCCUCGGCCUCCCAGCCCACCCCCCGUCAUCUCCUACCCGCGGCACCAACGGCAGCACCAGCAGCAGCGCCACCACCGCCAACGACCGGUACCAGUGCGCCUGCAGCGCAUAGACCUAGUGUGGCGGGCGGGGAGGGCGCCGCCGGGCUGAAUGGCGGCGGCGGUGUUGGCAGCGCUGUUGGCGGCAGCGGUGCUGGUGCUGCAGGUGCUGGUGCUGGUGCUGCAGGUGCUGGUGCAGGUGCUGCCGGUGUGGACGCGGAGGGAGGUCUCAACUUCGACCAGCUGCGCACCUCCCUGUUCUGGCUAGAGCAGCACGUCCGCCGCAACAAGCUGCGCAUGGGUGGCAGCGGCAGCGGCAUCCACCAUGUGGGCGACCUGGAUGGGGGCAGCAGCGGUGGCGGCGAGGUGGCGAGUCGGGCGGAGGCCAAGCGCCUGGCGUUCUACCUGCACAUGAACGUGUUGGGGGGGGCGGACCUGAGGCAGCGGAGCUACCUGGUUGCACGGGACUUCGAGCCGUUCUUCGGGUCGGCGGAGGAGGUGCGAGAGGCCUUUGCGGUGUUCGACAGUGACGGCGAGGGGCGCAUCACACUGCAGAACAUGGUGGACAGCGUAGUGCGCAUAUACCAGGAGCGCAAGAAGCUGGCUCUCACGCUGCAGGACACGCGCAGUGUGGUGGGCAAGCUGGAGCUGAUCUGCGGGGUGGUGCUGCACGUGCUGGCGGGGUUCGGGUACCUCAUCAUAUUCCAGGUGAACGUCCGCGAGCUGUGGCUGACCUUCAGCAGCGUCACCCUGGCCUUCGUGUUCGUGUUCGGUAACUCCAUCCGCGGGCUGUACGAGGCGGCGCUGCUGCUGUUCGUGGUGCACCCCUUCGACGUGGGGGACUGGCUGCUGCUGGGGGGCGCGGGCGGGGAGGCGGUCAAGGUUCACGAGAUCGCGCUGCUGUUCUGCACCUUCGUGCGCUCCGACGGGCGGCGGCUCUACUACCCAAACACCAAACUCAUCCAGGAGCCCAUCGUCAACAUCAGCAGAUCCGAGCGCUACUGGGACAGUGCGGUGCUGCUGGUGGACCUGGCGACCCACGGGUCGGUGCUGGAGGCGGUGGAGGGGCGCCUCAAGCGCUGGCUGGCUGAGAGCCCCAAGCAGUUCACGGGGGCGGGCGGUGUGCUGGCGCGCGCGCUGGCCAGCCCCGCCAAGCUGCAGCUGACGGCCUCCUGGGAAUACUGCCACACGGGGGAGGACGCGGGCAGGACCGGCAGGUGGCGCAGCCGUGCGCUGCUGGUGCUGGCGGGGGCGCUGGAGGAGGCCGGGGUGUCGUACACACUGCCUCCCAUGCAGGGUCUCACCGGAGGGUUCACGGCAGGCAAUGGCGGCGGCUUCAGCUUGGGUGGUGGUGGUGGUGGUGGUGGUGGUACAGACAAGGUCACGACAGUGGUAGGCCUUAUGGCAUCGGAAGCUGCUGCUGUUGCUACUGGUGGUGGUGGUGGGGAAGGCGGAGGUGGUUUGGUUUCGGGGCGCAUGGUAGGAGGAGGAAGAGGAAGAGGAGGGGAGCUGGGAGUGGGGGCAGGCAUGGGUGUUGGAAUGGGAUUGGGUGCGGCUGCGGUAGGCAUGGAGGGUGGCUUGUAGGGGCCAUGCAGGGUGGUCGUCUGAGGUUGGGAUGUGGAGAGGAAGCGCUACACGUGCAUACGUGUGCGAAAAGAAGAUGCUGAGCAUGGCCCAUGCUGCAUAGGCCGAGCGAGAGGGAGUGAUUCUAACAUUUCCAAGAGGGUUCUGGAUGGUGUAUGUACAGAGGCGAAGUGCGUGAUGUGGUGCGGGGGUCAAUCCAAAGACCAUACCAAACCAUAGGAAACCAUGGGUUAGGGCAAAGCAAUGGGGGCAGGUCAUGCGAGGAGAGCGACAUGCGGGCGUUAUUUUGGGUGUCCACUUCUCCUAGAUGCCGGAGCUACCCGCGUACCACGGCCAUAUCAGGCAGCAGUUGGGCAGAGAGACGAUUAGAGUGGGGUGGUGUCAUCGCGGAGGGAAGCAGUGCUGUGAACUCGAGUGCGAAUUGGCAUGUGUGUAAUGUAUUAAUGCGGGCGCUGCGUGCUGGAGACGAGGCGCCGUACGUGGGUGGGGCUGAUUGUAAACACCCAUGGCGCCGACCCAUGGGGCUGGACAGGAGCGGGC